CUAAAUGUAAAUGCAUUCUGUCACAAAUAAAAAUAUUUAAGUUAGCAUCAGGUAGCUAUCGACCAAUAUUCAUAUACGUCGUUAUAUAAGUCAAAUACAGAAUUAUUGAUUAUAAGCGUGUGAAGCAUGUUGCUUUGUCAAACUGGAAAUGUAUUUUUAUGACAAAUCUAAUAUUUACAUAGCAUCUUUUACAAUGCAAAUCGUGUCCAAGCAGAUUUACGGGUAAAUAACGUUUUUCAUGCUUCCCUGUUGCUAGGCAGGUUUUGAAGCCUGGUUUAAGCUGGUCUUGGCUGUUCAUGUGCAGGUGCUACGCUUAAAAUCCAGCAUAAGCUGUUUUUUCAGCAGGGUUGUUUCUGAACUUUUGCUUCACUGGAACAUAAAACGUUUUCCCCCUUCUGCCCUGAAAGCGUGCAAACACAGGCUCAUGAAUCAGUGACUCUGCCCCCGCCGAUGAACUUUAAUGAAGCUGCAAGCAGAUCCUUCUGUUCCACAGGUGUAGUGUUUUCUGAAACCGGAUCGGUUCAAAACACAGCAGCUGCUCUCUGGACGCGGUCAGACCGGCCGGUCUCUGCUCUCCAGAUGGAUCACAAGAGCGUGAUCAAGUUCAGUCACUGCGACAAGGACAUCUACUGCUUCUUCGUGCCGGAUCAGUGUCCCGAGUGCGGCAUGAGCUUCAGCGGGAAGCGGCUGGAGGAAGCGCCGGUCAGCGUCCCGAGCCCCUUCAGUAACGGACACAAAGAACCCUGCUCUUUCCUCGUGGCCUCCGGCGAGGACGGAGCUCUCAGGGACUUCGAUGGCAGUUCUGACCUGCACACGGGAAUCACCGACACGAACGGAACAGUGUACAAUUACACGAGGUGUGGCGUCCAGCGGGAGCAGCAGGGCUGGGAGCGCUGUCUCUGCGUGCCGCUGGUUCAGCCCGACAUGUUCAGUCUGAUGAGCCAGUGGGACCAGUACCUGGAGAAGUUCUCCUCCGCCCAGACCUGGGACCCGUCCUGGCAAAGCUUUAACGAGGAAAGCCACAACUGCUACAGCUACUCUCUGACGUUCAUCAACUGCGUCCUGGCCACGCAGUCCAAGCGGCCGCUGAGCAAAGAUGAAUUCACGCGCUCCUUCGUGCUCCCGCGGAUCAAGCGGGCCUCCAAGUACACGACGCUGUGCAGAGAGAUCUCCCAGAACCACUUCUACAUCGUCGACAGUCCGCGCAGAAACUCCCGCGAGGAGGAGGACAGCAAGGACCACUGAGACGCUCGUCUUCAGGAGCCUCCUAACCUGACUUUCCUCAGUCCCGUACACAUCUUGUAUCAAGGUGAACGAAUGAUGCCCAAACGCCUGUCAGUCUGUAUUCUCUCGAGCUAAAAUGUCACUUUUUAAAGCUUUUGCUUUACAUUUAUGAGGCUGGAGCACAGAAGCAAUCAUCAGCAGCAGCAACAAUACACUGCAUGUCUUUUAGGAAAAAAAUUAUUUAUCAAAACAUCAUUUAUUAGUAACAUGCAUCGCUUAGAACUCCAUCUGGACAGCUUUAAAGGGGAUUUUUAUCAAUAUAUAGAUUUUUUUUGCACUUUCGAAUCUCAGCCAAACAUCAUAACAAACCACGCAUCAAAGGAAAAUGACUUUUUAUUCGUCUUUCUGAUGAUGUGUGACUCUCGGGUUAAAACAAAAAAGAGCUUCAUGACUGGUUUUGUGCUCCAGGGUCACAUUUAGACGCUUUUAUCUAAAGCCACUUACAAACGAGGACGAUAUCGAGCAAUCGAUCCAUAAAUAAGUCUCGGUUAGCCUAGCGCAGUACAUGUAGCAAGGGUUAUAUUUUUAUUUGAAUAAAUAUAAAAAAAGCCUAGAUAGAACAGAAUUGUGAAAGAGAACGCUAGAGUUUUUUUAAUAAAGAAAAGUUG